GAGGACAGACGAAGGAGGCAAGAAUACAUAACAGACGUAACAGUCCUCGCCAACAUGAGUGCGGUGUGGCCGCCUUCUUCUCCCGCACUUUGUCCGCCCGCCCGGCAUCUUCUCCCGCACUUUGUCCGCACUUUGUCCCGCUCAACUUGUUCGGAGCUGAAUCGUGAAUGAUCCCAUGCGAGAGACUUGUUGGCUCCCUCAAGCUAACCUCUGACUGACCUCCAACAACAAGAAGAAGCAGGAGUCAUGGCGUUGAUACGCAGCUACUGUGAAGCAGACACCUCCAUUUCCCAGACUUGGGUGGAUGCAGGGAUCUCCCCCUGCUUCUACUUCACCCUGGUCCCUGCUGUCCUGCUCACCAUCGCCUUCUUCCUGGGCACCGUCCACUGCAUUUUCUUCCAGAAAUAUGGCACAGCGAUGGAGCCCAAGUUCAUUCCUCGCUCUCGCCUCUACGGACUCCAGCAGGUGGUCUCCAUCCUUCUCCUGGUUCAGUUUGUGGGUGGGAUGGUGUGGCGAGCCACCGAAGGAGGACAGUUGCCUGGCUAUGUGGUUCUGUACGGCUGCUUCUGUGCCCUGGCUUGGGCUUGGGCCGUUGCCUUGCUCAGAAUAGAGAGGCGACGAGUUCUUUUGAUGGACCGGACGCGGGGACACAGCACAGCGCUGCUGUUGUUCUGGGCAGUGGCGUUUGCAGCAGAGAACCUGGCAUUUAUCUCCUGGUAUAGUCCACAUUGGUGGUGGGACUUGCAGGACAAUCAGCAACAGGUCCAGUUUGCCUUGUGGUUGAUUCGCUAUGUGGGCACGGGACUGCUAUUCUUUGUUGGCAUCAGAGCCCCAGGGUUGCCACGGAGACCUUACAUACUGCUGAUAAAUGAAGACGAGCGAGACGUAGAGCAGAGCGCACAGAGCCUCCUGGGCAGACCGGGCCAGAACCAGUCCACCUGGCAGGACUUCAGGAAGAAGUUGCGGCUGCUUUUACCGUACAUGUGGCCUCGGGGUAGCAUCUGGCUGCAGCUGCUUGUCCUUUUCUGUUUGGUGCUCCUGGGAAUUGAGAGGGCAAUCAAUGUCUUUGUACCUAUUUACUACAAAAAUAUUGUGAAUGAAUUGACGGAUGGAAGCAGCUGGCACACUCUGGCCACCACUGUGUGCAUUUACGUCCUGCUGAAGUUCCUGCAGGGCGGGGGGGCAGGCGCCUCAGGGUUUGUCAGUAACUUGCGCUCCUUCCUGUGGAUUCGGGUGCAGCAGUUCACCAACCGUGUGGUGCAAGUGCGCCUGUUUGCUCAUUUGCACUCUCUCUCCCUGCGCUGGCACCUGGGCCGCAAAACCGGCGACGUGCUCAGGAGCAUCGACCGCGGCACCUCGUCCAUCAACAGCUUGCUCAGCUAUAUCGUGUUCAGCAUCUUCCCAACGAUUGCCGACAUCGUCAUAUCCAUCAUUUACUUUGUCACCUAUUUCAACGCCUGGUUUGGCCUCAUUGUGUUUGUGUGCAUGACCCUCUACCUCACUCUGACCAUCAUCAUCACAGAAUGGAGGACCAAGUAUAGACGAGACAUGAACCAGCAGGACAAUAACGCCAAGAGCAAGGCUGUGGAUUCCUUGCUGAACUUCGAGACGGUGAAGUACUACAAUGCGGAGAACUAUGAGGUCAGCCGCUUUGAGGAUGCCAUCUUGAAAUACCAGUUGUCCGAGUGGAAGACCCAGGCUUCCUUGGCCCUCCUCAAUCAAACCCAGAACCUCAUCAUCGGAUCAGGCCUGCUGGCCGGCUCCCUGCUGUGUGCCUAUUUUGUGACCGAAGGAAAGUUCCAGGUUGGUGAUUUUGUUCUGUUUGGAACAUAUAUCAUCCAACUGUAUACACCCCUCAACUGGUUCGGCACCUAUUACAGAAUGAUCCAAAAUUCAUUCAUUGACAUGGAAAGCAUGAUCCAGCUUUUUGAGGAGGAAGAGGAGGUGAGAGAUGACCUCAACGCUGUGAAUUUUCUCUACAAGACGGGAAAAAUCGAGUUUGAGAACGUUUACUUCCGCUACACAGAUGGAAAGGAGGUACUCAAGGACGUCUCCUUUUCAGUACUGCCCGGUCAGACUGUAGCCCUGGUGGGACCGUCAGGGUCCGGGAAGAGUACCAUCGUCCGACUACUCUUCCGCUUUUAUGACGUUCAAGGAGGUUGUAUCCGCAUCGACGGUCAGGACAUAUCCAAAGUGAAGCAGAGAUCUCUGCGAGCGCACAUCGGCGUCGUCCCCCAGGACACCGUGCUGUUCAACGACACCAUACUGGAGAACAUCCGCUACGGUCGCAUCUCCGCCAGCAACCAGGAGGUGGAGGAUGCCGCCAUCGCUGGUGAUAUCCAUGACAGAAUCGUGGCAUUCCCUGAAGGCUAUGACACACAGGUAGGGGAAAGAGGCCUCAAGCUGAGUGGAGGCGAGAAGCAGAGGGUGGCCAUUGCUAGAACCAUCCUCAAAGCACCACAGAUUAUCCUGCUGGACGAGGCCACAUCGGCGCUCGAUACCCAAACAGAACGCAACAUCCAGGCCUCACUAGCCAAAGUCUGUGCUAAUCGUACAACAGUUGUUGUAGCUCACAGGUUGUCCACAAUCAUUGGAGCAGACCAGAUUUUGGUCAUCCGCGAGGGUCGGAUUGCCGAGCGAGGACGACACGAGGAGCUGCUGCACAAGGGAGGCCUUUAUGCGGACAUGUGGACGAAUCAACAGCAGGCCCAGGACUUGGAUUCCUCAUCAGACACAGAGGCCAAAGACUCCCAAUCUGAGAAACUGCAGCCGCCAUCUUCUCCAUCAGGCCACCGUGAAUAGAGCUGGGGGCUUAUAGGACAGCGGAAUGAACGGCAGAAUCUAUUCUUAAACGCGGAAAUUGACGUAAUAUGAUUGAAAUGCUGUCAAUGUUUAGAACAAGGAACGUUUGUCCAGGGGGGGGUGAAUGUUUACUCCAGCCGGGAAGCAAGCACGCUGCUCUCUGCUCUCUGCUCUCUGCCUGUCUUCAGGACACCUGUCACUCCCACCUCAAAGCGUGGAAAAGGUGAUAUGUUCUUCUUUUUGAGCAAAUUUUGAUGACUACUUGUCAUCCCAAAAAAAAACCACUGUGCAACUCCUGCUAUUGCCAAUGCCAGCAAGUUGGCUGUUCUGGACGUGACCAUCUUUAACACCUUAGUUGCUACAUUUUCGGACACUAUAGUUUGGCCACCAGUGUUGAAAUAAAAACUGCUGCUUUCUUUUACUUGAAUGCAUGUCAACUUAAAGCGUUUGAUAUGUUAUUGUGCUUUUUAUUAUUUAUUUGCUUUCUACUUUAUAACUAUUCUGAGCUAAUCUCCUUAGUUUUUGUACAGAUACUUUCAAACUGUCUGGUUAACAACUAAAUAAAAGGAUUUAAUAUUAAUGAAGAUCUGAUGAUCUAAUGAAAAACAAUGAUCAUUUCUGCUAUAUCACCCAGCCCUUACCAUGACCAUUGAAUGUUCUUUUGGUUAUUGUGACAAGAGCCCGUUUUAUACUGAUAUUUAUUGGACAUAUGUCAGCUUGAUGUCGGGGUUAUUUUUUUUAUAUAUUUAAAAUUGUGUUUACUAUUUACUAUAUGUAUUUAGUGUUGCCUUUGUUGGGAUUCAAUCUUUUUUUUCUGGACAGAAAAAAUAUUCAUGGUAAAGUGGAAAAUAUUUUUUAUUUAUGUUCUACAAUCACUUGGUUGUCAGUCCUUCAAUGUAUCUUUUUCCACACAUGUACCUACUUAAUAAAGCCAUAUUUUGUGACA